UAGGCGGGGUGACGUGAGGUUGACGAGACAACGGCGGGUUUGCAGAGCUCAGUGGCCGGAGGCGGCUGGAUUUGGGGGGGGUGCCGGAGCCGGAGGUGGAGCGGGGCGGCGUGUGGCCGGGGCCAUGACGGGCAAUGCUGGGGAGUGGUGCCUCAUGGAAAGCGACCCCGGGGUCUUCACCGAGCUCAUUAAAGGAUUCGGUUGCCGAGGAGCCCAAGUAGAAGAAAUAUGGAGUUUAGAGCCUGAGAAUUUUGAAAAAUUAAAGCCAGUUCAUGGGUUGAUUUUUCUUUUCAAGUGGCAGCCAGGAGAAGAACCAGCAGGCUCUGUGGUUCAGGACUCCAGACUUGACACGAUAUUUUUUGCCAAGCAGGUAAUUAAUAAUGCUUGUGCUACUCAAGCCAUAGUAAGUGUGUUAUUGAACUGUACGCAUCAAGAUGUCCAUUUAGGAGACACAUUAUCAGAGUUUAAAGAAUUUUCACAAAGCUUUGAUGCAGCUAUGAAAGGUUUGGCACUGAGUAAUUCGGAUGUGAUUCGACAAGUACACAACAGUUUCGCCAGACAGCAAAUGUUUGAAUUUGACGCAAAGACAUCAGCAAAAGAAGAAGAUGCUUUUCACUUUGUCAGUUAUGUUCCUGUUAAUGGAAGACUGUAUGAAUUAGAUGGAUUAAGAGAAGGACCGAUUGAUUUAGGUGCAUGCAAUCAAGAUGAUUGGAUCAGCGCAGUGAGGCCAGUCAUAGAAAAAAGGAUACAAAAGUACAGUGAAGGUGAAAUUCGAUUUAACUUAAUGGCCAUUGUGUCUGACAGAAAAAUGAUAUAUGAACAGAAGAUAGCAGAGUUACAAAGACAACUUGCUGAGGAGGAACCCAUGGAUACAGAUCAGGGUAAUAACAUGUUAAGUGCUAUUCAGUCAGAGGUUGCCAAAAAUCAGAUGCUUAUUGAAGAAGAAGUACAGAAAUUAAAAAGAUAUAAGAUUGAAAAUAUCAGAAGGAAGCAUAAUUAUCUGCCGUUCAUUAUGGAAUUGUUAAAGACUUUAGCAGAACACCAGCAGUUAAUACCACUAGUAGAAAAGGCAAAAGAAAAACAGAAUGCAAAGAAAGCACAGGAAACCAAAUGAAGAAGAUGCUUUGGGAUGUGUACCCAUUUCUGCUUCUGCACUUAUUUUCAAGGAAACCAUUAAGUAUAAAGAAAUUUGAGCAACAUCCUAAUUGACUCAGCGCACGUUUGGCAAUAGCCCCAGUCUGUCUCGUCUUCAGUGCAUGGAUUCAUAACCUCUCCCUGCCUGCAUCAUGUGCAUGUGGUGCAUAUUAAAUAAAAGUGGUGUUCAGAGCGCUUGCCGAAAUCCCAUUAUAUGACAUUGGAUCUGAGAACUCCUGUUGGUUCUCUGGAUAGGUAACUACCGUAAUGAACCGUAAUGAACUACCGUAAUGAAAAUGGACAAAUGAUAUUCUCUACCUGUAAUUGUUAUAAUUUUCCAAUUUUCCAGCUUGGUUAAAUGCUUAAAAUUUAUAAAUGUCAGAUCUAUUAAAUGGAGUCUCUUGUUUCUUCUCAUCAUUAAUGAAAAAAUCAGUAUUUCUGUCUUUGAUAUCUAAAUAAUUUGAAGAUUUAAAAACUGAAUUUUAUCUUCUAUACCAAUUAUUUGUAAAAGCUUGAUUUUAAAGGAGGUCAUUUGAAAAGAACAGAAGUAUAGUUUCUGGGCUUCCCUGGUGGUCCAGUGGUUAAGAAUCUGCCUGCCAAUGCAGGGGACAUGGGUUUGAGGCCUGGUCUGGGAAGAUCCCACAUGCUGCGGAGCAACUAAGCCCAUGUGUGCCACAACUACUGAGCCUGCACUCUAUAGCCUCCGAGCCACAACUACUGAAGCCCACGUGCCUAGAGCCCGUGCUCCGCAACAAGAGAAGCCACCGCAAUGAGAAGCCCGCACACCACAACGAAGAGUAGCCCGCACUCAGUGCAAGUAGAGAAUGCCCACGCACAGCAACAAAGACCCAACACAGCCAAAAAUAAAUAAAUAAAUAAAUGUUUUAAAAAAAAAAAAAAA